AUGGAUGGCAAAAAAAGGUUAAGUGGAGCUGCUUACCGCAAAAAAGCUAGAGAAAAAGCUGAAAAAUGUGCAUCAGUAAUUUCUAAAACUGCAAAUCUACAAUCUUAUUUUCAUAAAGUUGCUGUCCAUACUAAUGAAGUUGGAGAUGAUAGUAUAGCAAUUGAUGGUUUUGUUAAUCAUGUUACUGAUAAUGAAAUUAAUGUUGAUAACACAAACUCUUCAUCACAACAAGUUGAUUUAUUUGCUGUUGAAGAUGAUAAUAUAGUAAUUGAAGAUUUUGUAAAUCCUGUUACUGCUAAUGAAAUUAAUGUUGAUAACACAAACUCUUCAUCGCAAAAAGCUGAUUCAUUUGAUAAAAACUCUACUGAAAUUGAAACAUUGAUUGAGUCUCCCAAAACUGAAGAAGUAAAAGAUUUGAAUAGCUUAAAUAGACUAACAACGUUUGGAUUUAAAAAAAGUUAUUUGGAGGACCCAGCUUUAUGGAAUAUUAAUGAUUCAUUGAAAGACUAUAUUUCAAUUAAUGGUGUUUCUCAAGAUUUAUCACAGACAAACUUUUUGAAAUCAAAGAGAACAUACACUGUAAAUAAUAGAGGUACAAGCAAAACGAUACACAGAUAUUUUUGUAAGAAAUACCUAGAGUCCACUUUAAUUAAUGGAGAGGUUAUAAAAAGAAAUUUUUUUUUGUAUUCAAUAAGUAAAGGCUGUAUUUAUUGUUACCCGUGUGCUUUAUUUGGCAAUAAAUCUUCUUUUGCCACUUGUGGCUUUUCAAACUGGAAAAAAGCUGAAGAAAAAUUAUCUAGCCAUGAAAAUUCCCACAAACAUCGGACAAAUAUUUCAACAAUGAAACAAAGAAGUAUAAUUCUAGAAAGAAUUGAUCAGAAACUGAUACAUCAAAUGGAAUUUGAAAAUAAUUAUUGGAAGACAAUUCUAAAGCGUAUAGUUGCUGUGGUUAAGGCGUUAUCAUCAAGAGGUUUGUCUUUCAGAGGCGACACUACUCAGAUUGGUUGUUCAAAUAAUGGAAAUUUUUUUAUGGCAAUUGAACUGAUUGCUGAAUUUGAUGUAGUUCUUUCGGAACAUAUUAAAAAAUAUGGCAAUCCCGGAAAAGGCCAUACAUCUUACUUGUCAUUCCAUACGUAUGAACAAUUCAUUUUAUUAAUGGCAGAAAAUGUAGUUAAUAAUAUUAUUGAAGAAAUCAACAAAACACGUUACUUCUCAAUUUCAAUUGAUUCUACGCCGGACAUUUCACAUACUGACCAACUUUCAUUCAUAAUUCGUUAUGUUAAUGUACAAGGUGAACCAGUUGAACGCUUUUUGUGUUUCAUUGAUAAUAUUGGACAUAAAUCUCAAGAAAUGAUGGAAGCAGUUAUUCAUAUAUUCAAAAAGUACAAUUUAAACACAAAUUACCUAAGAGGCCAGUCUUAUGAUAAUGCAUCUAAUAUGUCAGGUGCCUACACUGGUUUACAGGCAAGAAUUAAAUCAAUUAAUUCACUUGCUGAUUUUGUACCAUGCUCAGCACAUUCGCUCAAUUUAGUUGGAAAAAUGCUGCAAGUUGCUGCCAUGAUGCAAAUGAAUUUUUUAGACUCCUACAAAACCUUUAUACAUUUUUCUCUAUUUCUACACACCGUUGGAAAAUUCUAA